UUCUGCGGCUUUCCGGCUGCACCCCCCGCUUUGCCAUCAGGCAAGGGGAGCCCCCGCUGUGAGGUGCCCGUGCCCGUGCCGGUGUCGGUGCCGCUGCCGGCUGGGCAGCCUUGACACCGGCUCUGGAGAGCCGGCAGCUUCCCCGCGGUGGGCGGGCGGGCGGAAGGCAGGCAGGACGGCAGGGAGGAAGCGGGCAGUGCGCAGGUGCGGGCGGCGGGCGGCGGGAAUGGCGUCCGUGGUGCUGAGCGAGGCGGAGAAGCUCUACAUCGUGCACGGCGUCCAGGAAGACCUUCGUGUUGAUGGUCGAGGCUGUGAAGACUACAGAUGUGCAGAAGUAGAAACAGAUGUUGUAUCAAACACGAGUGGAUCUGCAAGAGUAAAGCUGGGAGAAACUGAUAUCUUGGUAGGCAUAAAAGCUGAAAUGGGGACACCGAAGUUGGAGAAACCAGAUGAAGGUUACCUGGAAUUUUUUGUUGACUGUUCUUCAAAUUCUCCUGAGUUGGAAGGCCGGGGAGGAGAAGAACUUGGCACUGAUAUAGCAAAUACACUGUACAGAGUAUUCAGCUGUGAGAACAGUGUAGACUUGAAAUCCCUGUGUAUUAAUCCCAAAGAGCACUGCUGGGUUCUCUAUGUGGAUGUAUUGUUAUUGGAAUGUGGUGGGAACAUCUUCGAUGCUAUCUCUAUUGCAGUGAAGGCAGCUCUCUUUAACACAAGAAUACCCAAAGUGCGUGUUCUGGAGGAUGAAGAAGGCACCAAAGAGAUUGAGCUGUCAGAUGAUCCUUAUGAUUGUAUUCGACUCGACGUAGAUGAGGUGCCCUGUAUUGUCACACUAAGCAAAAUUGGAUAUAGGCACGUGGUGGAUGCUACCCUUCAGGAAGAAGCCUGUUCUUUGGCAAGCCUGCUUAUUUCAGUGACCAGUAAAGGUGCCAUCACUUCCAUGAAGAAGGUGGGGAAAGGUAGCCUGGAUCCUGAGAGUAUUUUUGAAAUGAUGGAGACAGGACAAAGAGUAGGCAAGUCACUUCACAUAGCGCUUCAGAAGAUUUUGGAUGAAGAAGAGAGUUUGGGAACUUCACGACCAAAAGUUGGAUUUCUAGGAUGAGUUUUUAUUAAAUGUUCAAAACUAUUUUUAAUUGA